AUGGAUGACAACAUUGCCGCACAAGUGGAAGGUUUUACUAAGAAAUGUGAAGCUGAAGCCCAUGCCAUUACUCUUAGGAGUGGGAAAGGACUUCCGGACAUGACCCCACCCCCAAAAGCAACAAAGGAUGCAUCCCAAGAAACAACGGAGGAUGACGAGCUAAACAAGAAAGUAGAUCAAUCCUCAGCUCCCAAGAGAUCACCAAGUACAACCAAGCUGGGAAAAGAACCCCCGAAGCCUACCAAGCAUACAAGAAAAGGAAAAGAAAGCAUUGAGAAUCAACCAACCAUCCCUAAGGACAAGCUACCAUUCCCCCAACGAUUCUGGAGUGACGUGGAUAACGCGACGUACGCCAAAUUCCUACAAAUUCUCAAGCAACUCCACGUGCAUAUGCCUUUCAUAGAUGCAUUGGGAGAGAUGCCGAGGUACGCAAAAUUCCUUAAAGAUUUACUUUCCAAUAAGAAAAGACUUGAUGAAUCGGCUACUAUUAUACAUGGAGAAGAGUGUUCCGCCAUUGUGCACCGGGAUAUGCCCCGGAAACUAAAAGAUCCGGGGAGCUUUACUAUCCUGUGCAAAAUUGGAGGAGCAUCCUUUAACAAAGCUCUAGCCGAUCUCGGCGCGAGAAUAAAUUUGAUGUCGUAUAGUCUUUAUAAGAGGUUGAAUUUAGGUACUCUCAAGCCAACCCGAAUAUGCAUCCAACUUGCAGAUCGAUCCAUGACAUACCCAUGUGGUAUCGUCGAUGACGUGUUGGUGAGAAUAGAUAAGUUCAUUUUUCCAGUAGACUUUGUCAUAUUAGAUAUGGAUUCUGAUGGGGAAAUACCUCUCAUUUUGGGAAGGCCAUUCUUGGCCACAGCCCGUGCCCUCAUAGAUGUCGAAAACGGUAAACUCGUCAUCCGUGUUGGAGACGAGUCUACGAGUUUCAACGUAUCUAAGUUGAUUAAGUUCCCUUUGGAUGGGGACGAUGAAUGCUUUUACAUAGAGUAUAUGCACGAGGAAAUUGACCACUUGUAUGAACUACCCUAUAAAGAAAUGAAAGAAUAUGACUUGGCAAGUCAAAGUGUUGAGGAAGAUACGGUUGGAUGUGAUCGGGAUGAUUUUAGUGGAGUAGGAAAUGAAGGGAUGUGUGAAACCGAUGGAGAAGGAAAUGAUGAAGGAGGAAACGAGAAUGAAGAGAAAAAUUUGGAGGAUGGAGGGAUAAAAUCAAAGAUAAAGAGAAGAGUGUGUUGA